AUGGAUAAAUUGGAGAAACAUAAAAAUUGUGGAAAGUGUAUUGAGUAGUUUGAAAUAAAAAAGGCUAAGUAAGAUGGAACCUUUAAAGAAAUUCAAACUAAAAUUCUUGGAGUAUUUAUAAAUAUUGAGUUAAGUCAAGGCCAAUGGCAAAAUUUAUAAUGUAUGACGGAGAAGGAAAUUAUCAAAAAAAAUUGAAUUAAGGUACUUAUAUAAUGUGAAUUGAGAGCAUUAAAAUCAUAAAGUUUAAAUAGAUAUGACAUGGAAGAAUGCAGAUGUAGAAGUGUGUUUAGAAAAAGAAAGUGAUUAAUAGUUGAUAAAAGAGUCCUAAAGCUUAGUUUUACCCAAAAUAUAUCAUCAUAAAGUAAAUUUUAAUUUCUAUUAUAGUAAGUUACUGAUUUUAAACCCAUUAAACCAAUUCCUACUUAAGGUAUAGUUUUUUUUAAUUAAGGUCACAUCAAUAGAUAUGGAAAAUAUAGCUAAAGAUAUCUCUUAAGAUCAGAUCCCAUGAAUAUAAGCGAUAAUAAAUUAGAUGAUUAUUAGUCUUCCUCAUAGAAAUAUGGACGGUUUUAUUUAAGUGAAGAACCAAAGGCAAAAACUAUUGUUUCUGAAGUACAACCUUUUGAGGGAUAUCAUCCAAUUAGUCCUUAAUAUAAUGUUUUUCCAGUUGAAAAGCCUAUUUUAAAAUAUCAUAGCAUGAAAUCAUAAUUGUUCAAAUAUAAAUGAUAAAACUUGACCUAUAAUUCAAG